ACCACUCUACUAAAUCCGAUCAUUCGCCUGAUUCUUUUUAAUUUGACUCUCCUUUUCAUCUUCCUUUCCUCUCACUCGUCCUCUUACGACCGACUCCUGUCCUCCCUAUUCUCAUUUCGUCUUUGACAGCCCGCGCGUUUCAUGAUAUAGUGUUACUCUGAACGUCUUUAUAACUCUGAACACGGCCCGCAUCCGGCAACGGACCUUUUUUUUCUCAACGACGGACCGAAUUGAUAUCGACACACGGGCCUGGACUGUUCUUGCACCGCCCGCUUGCGCUGACUUGCAUCGCCCGUCAACCACUCUUACUCGCAACACGCCGACGACCGCCACUGGUUUGCUCUCCCUCCCAUUCCUUACCUCCUCGCCUCGCUCCCUUUCCUGCUCGGUCAGUCAUAGUCAUGGCUAUGGCUGUCAGGUCGCAAACGCCAGUACAGGAUCCCUAUGGCACCCUCCUUCAACAUCCCGAUUCACUAUUAAAUCGCGGAGCGUACGGCGCGCGCUCCAGCUCCCGACCCAACUCUAUUGUCGCCAGUACUUCCGGUUACAACAACGCCCCUCACGCCGCCGACCCCGCCUCUCUCCCUCACACCGGUCGCUUUCACGAGGAGUUUGACGCUGCCAGCCAGCGCGGCUCCGUUCUUGUCGACGGUCCUUCGAGACCUGAUAUGCAGCGCUCCGCUUCGCAAAUGUCCCAGUCUCGUUCGGCGACUCCGACUCGCUCCGGUACACUAAGAAAGAAGGCCUCUCUUAGUAGAAAAAGCAGCAUGCGUCGCAGCGGGAGCAAGAGAAGUCUGCGAGCAGGCAGCGUACGAAGCCUCAUUCUAGGCGACAAAGAGAAGUAUGGCGUCGAUGGCGAGGAUCCGAACAGCGCUUUCUAUAUCCCCGUACCAACGGACGGAAGUCCGACCGAGGUACUAGCUAACCGCUUUCAAUCAUGGCGCAAAAUUCUCAAAGAUCUUAUCAUCUUCUUCAAGGAGGUCCAGAAGUCGUACGAAACACGCUCGAAACUCUUCAUGUCCGCCUCCAACAUCAUGAACAACACAUCGCUGCCACCGACCUUCCUCAAGUCGGGCGGUCUGGCAGAUGCGACCGAGAUCUUGCGCGAUUUUCACCGCCAGGGGUAUAUGGAAGCAACCAAGGCGGCCGAGGUGGAGAGCGAGGUUGUGAAUCAGCUCAUGGGCCUUCGUAAUGAUCUUCAGAAGAAGACCAAGGAGAUCCGUGGCUUGUCGGGCGAUUUUCGGAAUUCCGUCGACAAAGAAGUUGACGCUACCCGCAAGGCCGUGCGACACUUACAUGAGGCUUUAGGUCUUGUGGACACUGACCCAUCCGCGACUUCCGGGAAAGGUGAUCCUUUCAUUGUUCGCUUGAGCGUGGACAAACAGAUUGAGAAGCAGAUUGAAGAAGAGAACUAUCUGCACCGGGCAUUCCUUAACUUGGAGAACUCUGGUCGCGAACUCGAAUCGAUUGUUGUCAGUGAGAUUCAGAAGGCGUAUAACGCCUAUGCCAGCAUACUCAAGCGCGAGGCGGACGAAACCUACGAUACCGUCGAAAAACUUCGUGCUGGCCCUAUUUCGAUGCCGCAUGACCAUGAAUGGAAUGCAUUCAUCGCAGACACUGAGGAACUGGUCGAUCCACGAGUGCCUAUUCGCGACAUCGAGAAUAUCACCUAUCCAGGCAAGGACCACCCUGCCGCCGCAGAGGUCCGAUCUGGUAUGCUGGAGCGUAAGAGCAAGUACCUGAAGAGCUAUACGCCUGGCUGGUAUGUGCUGUCGCCCACCCAUCUCCAUGAAUUCAAGUCUGCCGACCGUGUCGCAUGGCAACAACCGGUGAUGUCAUUGAAUCUCUUGGACCAGAAGCUGGGGUCGCACUCGCAACCCGACUCAACCUCACACAAGUUCAUGCUCAAGGGGAGACAGACCGGGACCAUGCACCGGGGUCACUCAUGGGUUUUCCGCGCUGAGUCCCAUGAGACGAUGAUGGCCUGGUACGAAGACAUCGAGAGCCUCAUGUCCAAGACAGGCGAGGCUCGCAAUGCGUACGUGAGGCGUCAUGUACGCACCGUGAGCGGAGCCAGUUUCCGUAACAGCAGUGAUGGCAUGGACGAGGAUGAGGCGGACCGGACCCCGUACUCGGCGGAGUCAGCUGUCCUGUACCAAGAGCGUCCCACCUCCCAGCCUCGUCAACCCGGUGGCCGUUUUCCCAGCGAUGUGCAAAUCGACCGUCACUUAGAGGCGCCUCUGUCGCCUUCAAGCGGUGAAAGCUCUGGGGACAGGGACCUUCUGGCGGCGGCCGGCUCUUUUUCCGACCCUAGGCCAUUCGGCAACACCAUGACGGACGGCGAGGUCAAUGGAGCCCGUCUAGAAAACCAAGAGUAUCCCAGACCAGUAGAAAGGCACGGCAGCUACUAUGGCACGUGGGUGGGAGCCGGAGGUCCCGACCAGCAGCCCCAGCCGAUGCAGCAAAGCUAUGACCGAGACUAUCAAGACCGGGAUGCUGGUGAGGCCGUUUUUGUGACUGGGAUGGGAUCCACGAGCUCGCGAGAUCCGUCUCUGACUCGUCAACGCAACCGCGGCGCAAGCGCCUCAACUGCGCCCUCGGCCACAAACGGCACAGAGUAUACACACAACACUGUACCUACCUCCAUCGAUGAACACGAAGGGCCAGACGUCAAUGUCGUCGGAGUCGAACUUGACGGCGCAGCCAAGCAGCCCAUGACAAAUGCCGACCUUGAUGAGCCUGCUCUUGCUGUCCCCUCCGUCGGAACCGCUGCCACCGACAUGGCAGUCCCACAAAAUGGCAGUGCCAAACGACCUCCAGCACAUACGAAGAGCAGCGUUUCCGCCCUUGAGUUGCAGAUUCCUGGCCAUUACCCCCCUGCAAACAACGUGUCGCCGUGAAUGCAGAAACCAUAGGCCGUGGCUUCUCAAAGCGAAUGGCUGUACGCUGUUUGCCAAAAUGCCGAAAAGUUGAACCUCUAAUAACAGAGUCAACCUCCAGGCAUAUAUUUCUUUUGUCACACCAUUUCCUAUGUUCUUUUCCUUUGUACAUCCUCACGAAUUGACGGCAAUGACUUGGUGGUGUCGAAUA